AUGCCGCCCGCCGCAAAAGUGCCCGAUGGCACAGUGGAAGCCUCCAUGCCAGUGCGGAACAAGCAGCCCUCUGUUGAGAGGGUGACGGACAAGCUGGAGACCCCUUCUCUAGACGAUCGAUCCUACCGCGUGAUACGCCUCUCAAACCAGCUCGAGGUUCUUCUUGUUCACGAUCCCGAGACCGACAAGGCGAGCGCCGCCAUGGACGUCAAUGUCGGUAGCUUUAGUGACGAGGAUGACAUGCCUGGCAUGGCCCACGCCGUGGAACAUCUCUUGUUCAUGGGAACCAAGAAAUACCCAAUCGAGAAUGCAUACAACCAGUACCUCUCCGCCCACUCGGGUUAUUCGAAUGCAUACACUGGUGGAACGUCGACAAAUUACUUCUUUGAGCUCGGUGCCAAGUCCACAGACGACGGAGAGCUAAACGAGAACAACUCGCCCCUCUAUGGCGCCCUGGAUCGAUUUGCCCAGUUCUUUAUCGAGCCUCUCUUCCUCUCUUCGACCCUGGACCGCGAGCUCAAGGCAGUGGACUCGGAAAACAAGAAGAACCUACAAAGCGACCAAUGGCGGCUUAAUCAGCUGUCCAAGUCUCUGUCGAAUCCAAAACAUCCCUACUGCCAUUUCUCGACCGGCAACUAUGAAGUUCUCAAGACUCUUCCCGAGUCCCGGGGGAUUGAUGUACGGGCCAAAUUCAUUGAAUUCCAUGGAAAGCACUACUCGGCAAACAGGAUGAAGCUGUGUGUUUUGGGGCGUGAGCCACUAGACCUGUUGGAACAAUGGGUUGUCGAGUUCUUCUCGGCAGUGCCGGACAAGAAUCUCCCACAAAACCGAUGGGAGACAGAACAGCCGUAUCCCAAGGAAUUUCUUGGCAUGCAAAGCUUUGCCAAGCCUGUAAUGGACUCCAGAGAGCUCAACCUUUUCUUUCCCUUCCUGGACGAAGAGUUUCUAUAUGAGUCGCAACCCAGUCGUUACAUCAGCCAUUUGAUCGGACAUGAAGGCCCGGGCAGUAUAAUGUCAUAUAUCAAGUCAAAGGGUUGGGCCAACUCCCUAAGCGCGGGUGCCUAUCCUAUUUGCCCUGGAACUGGGGGUAUCUUUGAUUGUCAAAUUCGUCUAACGAAAGAAGGACUUAAGAACUACAAGGAGAUUGUAAUGGUCUUCUUUCAAUACGUUGCACUCCUAAAGGAGACGCCGCCGCUGGACUGGAUUUUCGAAGAGCAGAAGGGCAUGGCUGAUGUGGACUUCAAGUUCAAGCAAAAGACUCCUGCUAGUCGUUUCACGAGCAAGAUUGUCUCCGUUAUGCAGAAGCCGCUACCUAGAGAAUGGCUUUUGAGCGGGCAAAGCCGACUGCGAAAGUUUGAGCCGUCUCUCAUCACCAAAGGCCUGGAAUGCUUGCGACCUGACAACUUUAGCAUGUCUAUAGUCUCCCAAGACUUUCCUGGCGGCUGGGAUAAGAAGGAGAAGUGGUACGGAACGGAAUACAAGGCAGAGAAGAUUCCCACCGAAUUCCUGGCUGAAAUUUCAAAAGCCGCCAACAGUUCGGCAAGCCAGCGCUUUUCAGAGCUGCACCUCCCUCACAAGAACCAGUUCAUUCCCACCAAGCUUGAGGUUGAGAAAAAGGAGGUAGAGAAGCCAGCUGUGGCUCCCCGCUUGGUGCGCAACGACGAUUCUGCGCGCACUUGGUUCAAGAAGGAUGACACGUUCUGGGUGCCCAAAGCCAAUCUCAUCAUCAGUCUCAGGAACCCCAUCGUCUAUGCAUCGGCAGAGAACGCCGUCAAGGCCAAGCUGUUCACUGACCUUGUGCGAGAUGCACUCGAGGAGUACUCCUACGAUGCUGAGCUCGCUGGGCUGCAGUACAACGUCACACUCGACUCUCGUGGCCUUUUCGUGGAGGUUGCAGGCUACAAUGACAAGCUGUCCGUUUUGCUCGAGCAAGUGCUGAUCACGAUGAGAGAUCUCGAUAUUAAAGAUGACCGAUUCGACAUUGUAAAGGAAAGACUGACGCGAGGCUACCGCAACUGGGAACUGCAGCAGCCAUUUUCACAGGUUGGCGAUUACGUCUCGUGGCUCACCUCGGAGCAUGAUUACGUUGUAGAUCAGCUUGAGGCUGAGCUACCCGCCAUUACUGUUGACGCCGCGCGGCAAUUCCACAAGCAGCUCAUGGCCAAGAUGCAUAUUGAAGCAUAUGCACACGGCAACAUCUACAAGGAAGAUGCGCUGAAACUCACCUCCAUGGUUGAGAAAAUACUAAAGCCCCGAUCACUCCCGAAGGACCAGCUGCCAAUCCAGCGAUCCAUGAUCUUCCCACCAGGCUCCAACUAUCUGUACCAGAAGACGUUGCGGGACCCUGCCAAUGUCAAUCACUGCCUUGAGUAUUACCUAUACGUUGGUGAUAAGGGCGACCGCAAGAUACGCGCAAAGACGCAAUUGCUUGACCAAAUCCUCCAUGAACCUGCUUUCGACCAGCUGCGUACCAAGGAGCAACUUGGAUACAUUGUUUUCAGCGGUCUGAGGGGCUGUUCAACCACGUAUGGAUUCCGCUUCAUCAUUCAAAGCGAGCGGAAAUCCGAGUACCUGGAAUCUCGCAUUGACUCGUUCUUGACCCAGCAACUUACCUCGCUUGAGCAGCUGGCGGACGCCGAUUUUGAAAGCCACAAGAGAAGUGUCAUCAUCAAACGGUUGGAGAAAUUGAAAAAUCUGGAUCAAGAAAGCGGCAGACACUGGUCGCAAAUCACGGGCGAGUACUAUGACUUUGAGGCUGCCCAGGAAGAUGCAGCUGCCGUCAAGAGCCUCACCAAGACCGAGAUGAUUGAAUUCUACAAAACCUACAUCAUCCCAGCUUCUCCUGAGCGCGCCAAGCUUGCCGUACACCUUGUUGCGCAGGGUGUCAGCAAGAAGACAGAGGAAGCAGCUACAACGGACGGCGAGGUGGAUCAGAUUUCUGGCAAUGGAACCGAACCAUGUGUGAUUGAUAAUGUGAGAGACUACAAGGCUGGACUUGUGGCAAGCGCAGGUGCUCGCCCCAUCAAGGAGCUCAGUGAGUUUGAGGACUUUGACCCAAAGCUAUGA